AUGGGUAUCGAGGAGAUCACUAGUUGGGGAGCUCUACCUCAUUUCCCAUCUACAUCCGUGGACCAGCUUUCAGGUUACAUAUGCGAUGUCCGACGACAUGCCAGCGACAGCAUACAGACUAUGUAUGGGAUUCUCGAGAUCGAGGACAAAGUGAGGUUCUACCAAAUGAACCUCGCCAUCCUCAUUCUUUUCCCCUCUACUGCCAAAGCGGUAUCAGGAAAUCUCAAGGCCUAUGGACCUACGGGUAUGCACAGCUGCAGUCAGAUCCGCAGAUUUUCCAGCAUAUCCAGGGAAUGGUUGAUUCCUGGCGAGGCAAAGGAGCAGGUCAAUGAAUAUCCCAUGAAACCCGCGGAUAGCAAAGGGGAGUGUUGGACGGAAAGCUUAACCCUAACCCUAGGAUUCGCGCAAUUCGCACAUCUGCCAUCGGAACCAUGCGGCAUCGCAGCAGACACAGUCGGACCCGCUGUUUAUAAGAACAAUAGGAUUAUCGUAGGCCUCGCUGGAGAAUUUGAGAUUGCAAAGGAACGUGAGCAACCAACCAAUCGCACCUGGCGAUACUAUACCAAAGGCAUAAACUACAAAACUGUCUGGGAAUGGAAAAACGAAGAAUGGAGAACUGCCGAUGACCCAAAACAUGAAGUGUAG